ACGAGGACGAAAAAGAUUCAAAGAACUGGAACGAUAACUACCGUCAACCAAUCCGAAGAUAUAUCCUCGUCGUCGAGAACGCGCCUACGUGCUAACGCGUUUCUCAUCGCUAAACAUUAUUAACUUUCUUUCUUUAUUAUUAUUAUUAUUAUUAUUAUUCUACGGUGUUGUGUGAGCCGCGAGCGCGCGCGCGCGCGCUAAAAAACAGUGUAAAUGGCGCUCUCAGCACAGAACCAGUCGACGUCCUACGUGAACUUGUACUACUCGAUCGUCCAGCGUGCGGCGACGCGAUACUUUAAGGAAUACUACAAUUCCGAUACUGGCGCGCCCUACGUAUUGUACAAGGACAACAUGGAGAGACCCCAAGGGCAAUGGGGCCCGGGGCCGGGAUCUCUCCAGGACGGGGGACUGUAUCCUCAACAGCAACAACAACAGCAACAGCAGCAACAACAACAGCAGCAACAGCAGCAACAACAACAGCAGCAGCAACAGCAACAGCAACAGCAGCAAGGUUCCUCCUCGUCCGGUAGUCCACAGCAGGCCUGUGGUCCUCCCGUCGAAGGAGAAAACGGUCCUCCGCCCUCGUUGGCCUCCCCCGUGCCCUCCCCUUAUCCCUCGGCACCUCCCGAGCCUCAAGCCUUAACCCCGGCCGAGGACGAUAUACAAUCUAAUCAGACCACCUCUCAGCAACAACAACAACAACAGCAACAACAGCAGCAGCAGCAACAACAGACCCAACAACAGCAACAACAGGUUCAGCAACAGCAAGUACAACAGCAACAACAGCAGCAGCAACAACAACAGCAGCAGCAACAAUCGCAGCAGGACCAUUCGCCGCAGCAGCAAUUGACGCCACAUGAGGUGGAUCGAAGCGAUUGCUUUCCAGGUGCCGGGGAACUCCAACAAUAUCCACAACAUUAUUUCAAGGAGGCAAGGCCUCAUCCGUCACCGUCCGUACCGCCGCACAUGCUGACGCCAGGCGGUUUCUCGGCGUUACAUUAUUUGAAGCAACCCGGGGUGAUGCUGACAUCCCUCGGCCAAGGAGACGGCGGACCCGGUGGCCUCGAGGCUCACCAGUACGCGAGCCCAGGUGCGCCUAAUAUGGCGACCGGUCUACCCGACAUCGUCCAGCAAAGUGGGAAAACGUCGAAAGGCGCUAACAGCGACCUACGCCUCUUCAAAUGCCUCACCUGCGGCAAAGACUUCAAGCAAAAGUCGACUCUGCUACAGCACGAGCGGAUCCAUACGGACAGUCGGCCGUACGGGUGUCCAGAAUGCGGGAAGCGGUUCAGGCAGCAAUCGCAUCUGACGCAGCACCUGCGCAUACACGCGAACGAGAAGCCCUAUGCUUGCGUAUACUGCGAGCGUACGUUCCGACAGCGUGCCAUCCUCAACCAGCAUCUGCGCAUCCACUCGGGUGAGAAGCCAUACCAAUGUCCGGAGUGCGGAAAACACUUCCGUCAGAAGGCGAUCCUGAAUCAGCACGUCCGCACACACCAAGACGUGAGCCCGCAUCUCAUCUUCAAGAACGGGAUGACGCCGACGCUUUGGCCGCAAGACGUACCGUUUCCACCGGAGGAAGGCAAGGAGGAGGUAGCCUCGACUUUCGGCGACACGGACACGCAGUCGGGUGCGUUUAGUCCCGCGCCAGACGCGAAUUCCAUCCAGUAUCCGGCAUACUUCAAAGACCCGAAAGGCGGUAAUCACGCGGUGUUCGGUGCCGGUGGUUCGAGCAGUUUCGGCGCGCUACAAUAUAUAAAACAGCAAGGGGGUAGCAAGAGCUGCCUACCGGACGUGAUACAGCACGGUCGUUCCGCGGGAAUGCCUCUUUACGUUCGUUGUCCGAUCUGUCAGAAGGAGUUUAAACAAAAGUCGACUCUACUACAGCACGGUUGCAUACACAUCGAGUCGAGACCUUAUCCCUGUCCGGAGUGUGGCAAGAGGUUCAGGCAACAGUCCCACCUCACUCAGCAUUUGCGCAUUCACACGAACGAAAAACCAUACGGUUGCGUUUACUGCGGCCGUAAUUUCCGACAGCGUACUAUUCUUAAUCAGCAUCUGCGCAUUCACACAGGCGAGAAACCGUACAAGUGUCAACAGUGCGGCAAGGACUUUCGUCAAAAGGCGAUAUUGGACCAGCACACGCGUACACAUCAGGGCGAUCGGCCGUUUUGCUGUCCAAUGCCAAACUGUAGGCGACGAUUCGCGACCGAGCCGGAGGUUAAGAAGCACAUCGACAACCAUAUGAAUCCGCACGCGGCAAAGGUGCGUAGGAACUCGAGCAGCGACGCGAAAGCACCCGGUACGCCUACCGGUUUAGGACCCGUGCCGGUACCGCGCGGCCUUACACCUACCGUUGUUAAGCCCGAGCUAUACUUUCCUCAGUGUUACGCGCCCGCGUUCAAUCAUCAGCCGCCGGUAUCGACUGCACAGUUCCCCGGUCAGACGAACGGGGUAUCCGUGGCUGGCGAGUUCAAACCACCUAGCGGACUGCCGCCCC